CAAUCAGCCGCAACAGUGAAGCAAAUGCGUCGGAAAUAGGAAGAAGCGUUCAAUUUUCUCGUAGCAGCUUGUUCAAUCGUAUUUACGAAAAAAUGGCUACUUUGAACGGAACGAUGGGGGAGGACCGUUGAAUUUUGACUGAAAAUUUGACGUUUACGAGAACGAUCUGUCAUAUUGUUUUGUCUGUUCCCUGAGCCUCGAGAUUCAAUAUGGCUGCCGUUGAUGUAGCAGACGAUGCAGAGGGUGACAUGUAAAUUUUGUAAAUAAAAUAGUGAAAAAAGGCUUUAUUUAAUUAUAACAAUAGUAUAUUGUAAGUAAUAAUGAGCGAACGGGAGCAGAAGGAUCGAGAUAAUGAUUCUGACCGAAUCGACGAUGCGGUGGAUCCCAGAGUUCAGAUCGAAUUGGAGCGUCUCAAUACCGCCACAGAUGAUAUAAACAAACUGGAAGUCGACUUAGACGAAGCGAGAGCAACUUUUAGGCAGUUACUGUGCGAAUCUACAGUGAAGAUUGACGCACUUGCUAAAAAGCUCGGCGCUUGUAUUGAAAAGUCGCGACCCUAUUAUGAUUCAAGAUUCAAGGCAAAAGAGGCUCUGCAGGAGACGCAAAAGGCAGCGAUCAGGUUCGAAAGAGCCAACAGUCAGCACGCCGCCGCCAAAGAAAUGGUCUACCUUGCUGAAGAAGGGCUGAGAACAGAAGGCAGAUGCUUUGAUCACGCUUGGCAGGAAAUGCUGAACCACGCAACUUCCAGAGUGAACGAAUCGGAACAUGAAAGAGCAUUGUCAGAGGUUGAGCACAGGCAAACAACAGCUGCGUAUCACAGAGCAGAGCACAAUGUUCAGAGGCUUCAGAGGGAAUUAAAACGUGCCAUAGCCAAGUCGAGUAUGGGUGCACGCCGCAGCUUACUUCUGAUAAACAGUAUCGCCUACAGGCACAACUUGCUCAUGUUGCCGUACUACGAAAUGAAGGCUCACUUCAACCAAAUGCUGGACGAACAAAAAUUGCGGGUCGGAGUUCUGGAGAGAUCGGUAGCUGAUGCCAAAAUGACAUAUGCCGAAGCAUUGCGGAAUUUGGAACGAAUUAGCGAUGAAAUUCACAGGACACGGAAAUACGACGGGUCCGAUUAUCUUGGAAAUCGAACCGGAGACUCAUCGCAUUAUUCCUCGAACCAAACGAAUACUGCUACACCAACAGACUCGAGCAAAACCGGAUCACCAGAUAGCACGGAUUACACGAGCGAUGAGUAUUUGAGAUUGCCGGAAAGAAUGGGACCACAUCCUCCCUGCCUGCUGCCGACGAGGCCUGAUAACGACCCCAAUUCAGAAUACUUAGGCUUAAGUAAUUUGAACCUGUCGUCAACGGAGCCUAGGAAAUACAUAAAACGAGACAGGCCUCGAAGUAUUGCGGCAAUGGACGUGAAACAUAUCAACGCAAUGCCGAACAAGUCGAGCACGUCAACGCCGCAGCUAUCGGACCUAUCGUCGAGUUCGGGAAGAGAAAAAAAGCUGAAAAUGAUAUCGCCCCAGGAUUCGGAGAAGAAAAAGAAGGUGAACGGGGUUUUACAAAACGGUGAUGAGUGGACGGAAAUUAGCCUGAACAAUUCACCUGAAGAAAAUUGCUACAACAAUGAAACUUACUCGGACGAGGACGACCCCAUACCCUACAAACCGCUGCCAACUGACUUUAGCCCUGAGGCUGUAAACUCGACGAUCCCGGACAGUGUAAUUCAGCCGGUUAAAGAGGAACAGAUUCGCAAGAAACUAGUUACACAACAAUCUUUACCUGCCAUAUCCAGAGUCCACGACGUCACGAUCAACGAUGAUAAGAAAUCGGAGGUUACGAGGAGCCCAUCAAUGAAAAGUCGAGCCAAACUCGACUCGAGCUUGGCAAACUGGAUUUCCAGGAGUUCGGCCGCCGGAGACGCGAGCUGCAGUAGUUCUACUAGUUCAAGCCGUCGACAGUCUUUGGACAUCUUGUGGAGUGGUGGGACGGGCGAGCGUGUUAAAGAAUUGCUGAAUCAAGGAAUGAUGAUGCUCAACAUAUCCAGCCUAACUGAACGACGAUCGAGUGAACCCAAGGCGACUGAAAAGGACAAGGAAAAGGCAGACAAGGCUGAAAAGGCCGAGGCUAAGGGAAAGAAGGUGCCAAGUCCGCUCGAGAAAAGUAUGAGUUACCUUAACCCUGAGGACGAGACGUCCGACAGUGAAAGUCUGGCCAGUGUUGAAAUGCUGACCGAAGAUCAGAUAUCUUCGCUCAUGAUGGAACAAGAUAUGAACGUAGUUUGCCAAGAGAUCCUUGGCACUCCGUUGGUAGAAGUUUGUCCAUUGCUCCAGCAGCUCCAGGAGCAGCAAUAAUUAUCGUUACGUGAAAUCGCUGCGACCAACGAAUUGCGACAUGAUUAAAGAAAUUAAUUUUUAAUAACGAUAAUUUAUUGACCAGACGAACAAAUAGAUUGCAAUUUGGGGUCUCAUUUAAGCUUCUCGUAAAAUUCCAUUACUUUAAUUUGUCCUCUACUAUCGUACCUUGUUAACUUAUUAUUAUUAUUACUACUAUUAUAGUGUCCAUAAUAAUUUAUUUCAAUGGAAUUAUUUCGUAAUCUUAUUUUUUCAACACUGCAGUGAUGCGUCAUAAAACGUUUCAGUGCUGGUCACUUUUCUUUACAGAGUUGAAUUCCAUUUGUAAAUUACUUAAAUCAUUGAUGGUUAUCUAACCAAUUGUAUACAAAGAUGUAGCUAAAAAUUGAAUUCUUUACAAACGAAAUUGAUAAUUUUUUAAACAAUGAUAUAUUUAUGCCAUAUCAGUGAAAAAUCACCCAAAUUUCGACGGGACUCGUUGAAAGAUAAUAUUUUACACUUGACAUGUUCAGGCGACGUUGCUGCAUUAUUGAAAAGUAGCAGAAAAAAUGGCAUAUUUUACCAUCACAUGAUUGUGAACUGCUUGAACACAAUGAAUUAAAAAUGUGUUGGAAACCUCACAAAAUUUCUGGUAACUUAUGUCUAUUACUAGACUAAUUAAUUAGACGAGAAAAAAAACAGAAGAAAUUAAUAGGUAAAAAUAAUAAGUAAUAAUUUGUAUCGGUUGUCUUUUGACGUUUAAUUUAUGGUAUAUUUAUAGAUAGUAUACAUCGUUGAUAAAAAGCAAUAUAAUAAUUAUAGUCAAUGCUAGGUGAUCAAAUUAUGCAUUCCUCCGUAUUUAGAGGUAUAUGCCACAAAUGUAUAAAAUAUCCAAGUAUAACAGAUAAAUCACAGUUAAUUAUUAGUCGAGAUUGUAAAAUUAGGAAAUAAUUAAUAUAUUGAAAAAAAAAAAAAUAAUGACGUAUGUAGGUAUGAAUACACUUAAAAAUUAUUUAAUAUUUAUUUAAGAAUUAUUAUUAUGUUCGUUGCACUUCUUUAUGCAUUACAAGACAACGUAAAUACAAGGGCACGUGCACCAAAUAUAAAAAAAACCUAUGAAAUGAAUUAUGCACGUACACAGUUCCAGUAAUUAUUACAAGCUAAGUACCCAAAAAUGAGUGAGUCCCAGAAGAAAUAGAACUAAACACGGCAGUUGUUAGAAUAGUUAUUGAAUUGUGAAAAUAAAAGCAAAGAAGAAUGAAACUGAGCAAAUGAUUAUCGAACGCAUAAAUCUGCAUCUUGCGAUGUAAACGAAAUUGAACGAUAAAACAAUUCAAUAAAAUAACACUGUGUCAGGUAUUUUAGAACACACGAACAUACGUUGCAGAAGUCUUCCUACGUUCGAGCAAGCCUUUGAAUAUUAAAAAUUACAAAGUUUGAACUUUUCCACUGAAUAAACACAUAAUCUUCAAAUUUUUCAAUCGUGCAAAAAUUCAACGUUCCAAUUAAUUUUUUUCUUUCCACUAUUGCGUCCAUAUGAUAACGGCACUAAAUAAACUUCGCCUCUAAUAGUAGACUGACAAUUUUUAGCUCUACGUUAUACAUCAAUUUAGUCAGAUGCUCUGGCAUCAAGAUUUAACACGGCAGCUAUAGGUAUGGGAAUAAUCCGAGUGAAAAAAAAGAAAGAUGCAAACAAAUGAUUCAAUUCAAUUUUUUGUAAUUAUUUCUUUCUAGUUGUUAGAGUUUGAAAUUCGAUGUAAGAUAUUCUUUCCUGUAACGGUUUCAUUGAAUUCGUGUAAAUCGU